AACCAUAGACAGUUAUAUCACUCUUCUUCACGUACUACUACAACUACAAUAGCCUUAGAGAAUAUCACUAGACAACUAAAAGAACCCUAGCUAGCAUAUCAACCAUUUUUUCCGACGAAAAUGGUCACCGUGGAGGAGUAUCGUAAGGCGCAACGUGCCGAGGGUCCAGCCACUGUCAUGGCCAUUGGAACAGCCACACCUUCCAACUGUGUUGAUCAAAGCACUUACCCUGAUUAUUAUUUCCGUAUCACUGAUAGCGAGCACAAGACUGAGCUGAAGGAGAAAUUUAAGCGCAUGUGUGACAAGUCAAUGAUUAAGAAGAGGUACAUGCACUUAACAGAGGAAAUAUUGAAAGAGAACCCUAAUAUGUGUGCCUACAUGGCACCUUCCCUUGAUGCUAGGCAAGACAUAGUGGUUGUUGAGGUGCCUAAACUUGGCAAAGAGGCAGCCCAAAAGGCCAUCAAGGAAUGGGGUCAGCCCAAGUCCAAAAUUACUCAUUUGGUCUUUUGUACAACUAGUGGUGUGGACAUGCCCGGGUGUGACUACCAGCUAGCUAAGCUUCUUGGGCUUCGCCCAUCAGUCAAGCGGCUCAUGAUGUACCAACAAGGUUGCUUUGCCGGAGGGACAGUACUCCGGCUAGCCAAGGACUUGGCUGAGAACAACAAGGGCGCUCGAGUCCUUGUUGUUUGCUCUGAGAUCACUGCGGUCACGUUCCGUGGCCCCAGUGAAUCUCACUUGGAUAGUUUGGUUGGUCAGGCCCUUUUUGGUGAUGGGGCAGCCGCAAUCAUAAUGGGCUCAGACCCAAUUCCAGGGGUCGAAAGGCCUUUGUUUGAGCUUGUCUCUGCAGCCCAAACUCUACUCCCUGAUAGUGAAGGUGCUAUCGAUGGUCACCUUCGUGAGGUUGGGCUUACAUUUCACUUACUCAAGGAUGUUCCUGGGUUGAUCUCGAAAAACAUCGAGAAGAGCCUUGUGGAAGCAUUCCAGCCUCUGGGCAUUUCUGAUUGGAACUCUUUAUUUUGGAUCGCUCACCCAGGUGGGCCUGCGAUUUUGGACCAAGUUGAAUUAAAGUUGGCCCUAAAACCGGAGAAACUUAGGGCUACAAGGGAUGUGUUGAGUAACUAUGGAAAUAUGUCAAGUGCAUGUGUGUUGUUUAUUUUGGAUGAAAUGAGAAAGGCCUCUGCAAAAGAAGGCUUAGGAACUACUGGUGAAGGGCUCGAAUGGGGUGUGCUUUUUGGAUUUGGGCCUGGGCUUACAGUUGAGACUGUUGUCCUCCACAGUGUUGCUGCUUAGUGGGUUGGUCUUCUACUGUGGGUCUGAAGUACUAAAUUGGUUAUAUGUUUGUUGGGGUUGAAUUUAAUUUGUUUGCUAUGAAUGUAUUUGCUGUAUUUGUUGUAUUUGUUGUUUUAUCUUAGCAAAUAAUGAUAUUUGUAAUGAGAACUAUGUAAUCAAAGAACUGAAAUUCUUUCUA